AUGCGUGAUGCCUGGUCCUCGAGCAUCUCCGAGGGAAAGGUUCCCUACAUCAACGCCAUCAUCAAGGAGACCGGCCGCUACUAUACCGUUAGCGCCAUGAGCUUGCCUCGCAAGACCGUCACCGAGGUGAACUGGAACGGGGCCAAGAUCCCGGCCAAGACAACGAUUCUCAUUAACGCCUAA